CUCUCCUCUCCUGUCCGCCGCUUCCCGCUCCUCCGUCUCCGUCCGCCGCCUCCCCUGGGUAUAUGCUGGCACGAAUCGGUCUGCUGCAGCUCUCACUGCCCGCCGUUGUCGGAUUCGCCCCCAAUCCCUCGGUCUCCGUCGACGACCUGUGCGAAGCUCUCGCAACCUACGCCAACGACGGCUGCGGAAUGGACACGACGGGGAAGGACAAGCGUGCGUGCGUCGUCGAGCUGUCGGUCUUCUCCGGGAGCGAUGGCGCGCUCAGCACCGAUGAGGCGGUGGCGGCUCUCGAUACGAUCCCGGAUGCCGUACUCACGGCAAUUGAAGCGGUCGACGUCGGCGCGACUUGCAAACGCGAACACUUGCAAAGCUCUGGUUCCGACCUCCUGGACAUGUUCUUGUACCGCGCCAACUGGAGGCUCUUAGUCGGUGACUCGGCGCGCCGCGGAUGUGCUUCGGCAUGUGCUUGCUUCGGCAUGUGCUUGCAUGAGGUCACGGCGCCGAAGCGAGAAUACAUCCCCGCCGAAGCGAGAAUACCAGCUACCGCCCGGGGCGCCGGAAUGGGCAGUGUCUAGGCUGCGCGAAGCGGCGCAGCACGUCCUUUAGUUUCGGAGCCUCCAGAGACGCCGUGGGGGCGAAUGGUAGUUUGAGUGAGGUUGAGCGGGACACGCACUACUUGUUCGACUCGGCCGGUGGGCUGGCUUAGUUAUGCCGAUCCGGCACAGGGGUGUACCAUGGUAUGUAGACUCCUCUGCGUUACUACCUGUGCCUCUCUGUGUGCGUGUAGCGUUUUUGCCCCUUUGCUGCCGCGACUGUGCCAUUGAGCGAUUUGUGUGCUGUGAAUGUUGUGAGCUGUGAGCUGUGAGCUGUGAGCUGUGAGGCCCGCAGCUAUAGAUUUUGUAUCCCGAGGCGGUGCCCGGCGGGGUUGGACUAUAGAUUUUGUAUCCCAUUUGAGUGUGUACACAUCUCCCUUUAUUAUU